GAGAGUGGAUUGCUUGAGUAAUUCGUACUUUGAACCUUGCACGUUUUCUAACUUCAUCGAUGGCUUCGCCAAAGUUCCAAAAUGACGUUUAAUUUCUCAUCCACUCUUUAUAAAUUAGAGUAACUGUAACAGUCCGUAAUUAUAGUUCAAAGUGCGAAUUGGAAAUUCAUACGUCUCAUGACCAAUGUUAUUCGCGAGCGAUAAAGCGAACAAGAAAACUGCAAAACUGUACAUCGUGUGAUCCGUAUAUAUGGUGAAACGUGCGUGUACCGUUCAGAUAAAUAAAUAAUAACUGGAGGAAAGAACGCGGCGAGAAAGUCGUCGGGAGGAAAAAUCAUCGCGCGCUGGCUCGUUAAAUCGAAAGCCGAAUGAAAAGCCCGCAGUGGUAGUGGUUGGUGCAGAAAGUGCCUCGAUUUUUUGAAUGAUUCAAUUGUCACCGAUAUGUGGAACCAGUGAUUCAUUCUCCGUUCUCCAGCAGUGGCAUCAAGCAUUUUUAUCGCUUGCGAAUGAAAGUUGCGUGACACCCUUUGUGCAAUAAUUAAUUAGCCCUACGACUGUAAAAUUAUUCCUUAGCGCCAAUGCCGUGGGAUCGACUGUCUUUUGUUAGAACGUGGUCCAGGAGCUUGCGGCAAGACACGAAAGUUUCGUCGCUGAGCGAACAGUCCUCUCCGUUUCGCGAGAUGGUGCAACAGGAGGCUAUCGUCGUGAGGAACGCUGUAAAGCAUUACGAGUCUACGAAAUUAGUGCUCAAUGGCCUGAACAUGACGGUAUCCAGAGGUUCCAUUUACGGACUAUUGGGCGCCAGCGGAUGCGGCAAGACCACCCUGUUGUCCUGCAUCGUUGGGGUUCAGCGUCUCAACAGCGGGGAGGUGUGGGUCCUGGGUGGAAAUCCCGGCAGCAAGGGUUCCGGCAUUCCCGGGCCCCGAGUUGGUUAUAUGCCACAGGAAAUCUCCCUCGUGGACGAAUUCACAAGGAACGAUGCGUUUUACUACUUCGGCAGGAUCAAUGGUCUCGAAAACGACGAAAUCGAGGCGAGGCAGAAGUUCCUCUCAGAAUUGCUCCAGUUGCCGCCAAGGGAUCGUCUAGUAAAGAAUAUGAGCGGAGGUCAGCAGAGGAGGUUGUCUUUUGCAGCCGCCUUGGUCCACGAACCGGAGCUCUUGGUCCUGGACGAGCCCACUGUUGGACUGGAUCCAGUUUUGAGGGAGAAUAUUUGGGACUAUUUGGUUAAGAUCACACAGGAGGAGAACAUCACAGUGGUGAUCACGACGCACUAUAUCGAGGAGACCAAGAACGCGGAUAAAAUCGGUUUGAUGAGAAGCGGCCAAUUAUUGGCGGAAUCUGCGCCGGAUCAAUUGCUGGAGCGAUUUCAAUGCAGCUCCCUGGAGGAAGUGUUCCUAACACUGAGCCGGUUACAAGAAGACAAUUUAGCUGUCGCAAGCGGCUGCACGGCGCAGAAGAGCAAAAUGGAAGAUUCCGAGAGUGAAAUGCCGUGCCAGGAACGAAACAGGCGAAUGAUAAAGGACGAAACUUCAAAGUACAAGGCCAAUCCGAAACAAAGAGUUUCGAGAUGGAAAAGAUUUAGAGCUCUAAUGGUGAAGAACAGUCUUCAGUUUUUCCGCCAGUACACAGGAAUAGCCUUCGCAGUAUUAUUUCCCAUACUCCAAGUGUGCACAUUCUUUAUCGGAGUCGGCGGUGAUCCUAAAGGAUUGACAAUCGGCAUUAUUAAUGACGAAGCCGGCAACUGUGAUGGAAACUUCGGGAAUGUCUGGUACAAUGAGGAGGAAUAUACCUGUCAUUUCAACAACCUGAGUUGCAAGUUUUUGCAGCAUAUCGACUAUUCAACUGCAACGAAGGAAUACUACGACGACAUUUCCAAAGCAACCGAGGCUGUGCACAAUGGCAAACUCUCCGGCGUGAUAUUCUUCAGUCGGAACUUCUCCGAGGCUCUGUGGACUCGAAUGGAGAACUUCAUUCAUACUGAUGAAGCCGACAUUCUCGCUGGACAAAUACAGGUUUCUCUCGAUAUGAGUGACAGACAGAUCGGGCUUUUUCUUCAGAAAAAGUUAUUCGAUUAUUUCUUCGAGUUUUACGAGGAUGUAGUGAAAUACUGCAAGAUUUCACGGAAAUUCGCCAGUCUACCUCUUCAAUUUAAAGAUCCGAUUUAUGGGCCAAUGGACAUAGAUUAUAGACGUUUUAUGGCAUCGCCAUACAUAAUAACGCUUCUUUUCUUUCUGGCAAACACGAUUUCCACGUCUCUAAUAAUCACAGACAAAGCGAAGGGUGUCUGGAAUCGUAGUCUUGUUCAAGGAGUGACAACCGCAGAAAUCCUGCUAUCUCACAUACUGGCUCAAAACAUUAUCAUAGUCAUUAACACCAUAAUGACUCUGUGUUUGUGCUUCCCCAUCUUGGGCCUGAAUUGCACAGGAUCAAUAUUCACCGUAGCUUGCUUUGGUUUUUUCAGCGGUAUUUGCGGACUGAUGUAUGGUUUCUUCCUCUCCGUUAUGUGCACGAAUCACACUACGGCGCAUUAUGCCUCAGCCGGAAGUCUCUUCCCGUUGAUACUCUUAUGUGGAGUUUUGUGGCCAGUAGAGGGAAUGCCACAAGUGCUUCGCUGGAUCAGCUAUCUUAUGCCGAUGACCUUGCCGGCUAUAUCUCUCAGAGGAGUGAUGGAAAAAGGACAAUCGAUAUACGAGUUAGACGUGUACAGUGGCUUAUUCGUGAUUUCCGGGUGGGCGUUAUUUUUCUUGAUUGUAUGUUUAGUUAGUCUAAGAUUAAAAUCCACGUAUUAGUUAAAAAAAAAAAAAAAAUACAAAAAUGGAAGAAAUUCACCCGAAGGAAAACGACAUACUUCCGCUAAGAAGAUAUCAAUUCCAAAUUUGCUCAGGGAAUCAAUUGAUCAAAAUUAUUAUCGCGCAUUAUUAAUACCGUGUGCAAUAACCUUUAUUUUGUACAAUAUAUAUAACAUGUAUCUUUUUAUUUUAAGUAUAAAUCAACACACUAAAUCGUGUAUAUAAUGAAACAUACAAAUACAAAUAAAAAAUAUUACAAGAUUUUGAAACACUCGAAAAGACAUUACGUGUUAUAUUUAAAUUAGAUAAUAAAUGUUAUAUUUCAUAACACACAUCUUUUGUAAAUUUUCAUACUUCUUUUCAUCAAUCAGAUGCGUUUAUAUAUAUAUUAAGAAAUGUAAAAGGAAGAAAAGGAAAAAAAGGAAUCUGCAUCUCGCAAGCUUAUUCAAGAUGUCCGUUUCAUUAUACUUCUCCAUUUAUAUGAUAUAUGUAACAUUACGAUAAUUUUACAUUUAUUCACAACUGUAUACGUGUUUUUCUAUGUACAAACAUGUACAAUACGCGAACUAUGUAUGUACUUUGUGUCGUAAUUUUAUACAAUUGCGUUAGUUUUACCAUGGUAUAUAAUAUAGACAAUUUCUCCUUUUCCUCACUUCAUGAUAUAACUAUAUAUGAUAAUGAUCGUGAUACGGAAACCUGACCUAAUUAUUAAUUGUCCUCAUAUAAUAUUGUUGCGAUAUAAACAUAAUAAUUAUAUAUAAUUA